AUGGUGGCCCAAAAAAAUCUCACCCUUUUAUACAAGGAGCCCAACUCUGAACAGCAAGAAAUGAUAAACAAAGAACUACAGGGCGAUGAAAAAAAAACUGCCCAUAUGGAGGAUUUGAUUCAUCAAUGGAUAAAGUUAGAUCCUGCCAUACCAAAUGAUAUAAAUCACAUUCGUGUUAGAAACUAUAUAAGGACUACCAAACACAAUUUGGAGAGGAGCAAAAGAAAAAUAGAAAAUUAUUUGAUAUGUAAAGUUAAUUACCCGGAAAUUUACUCUGGAAGAGUUCCCGAUUCACCACAAUGUUUACAGGCAUUCAACACAAUAAAUAUGUUCUUUUCACCAAAACUCACCAAAGAAGGGGCUAGACUAGGGUUUUUUGGUAUCAGAGAUCCCAACUUGGAUAGUUUUCAUAUAAACGCAAUUCUCAAAAAUGCUUUUAUGGUUUGUGAUACAGUUUAUACAGUGGAUUACUCAGUUAGUGGAGAAAUAAUGAUAUUCGACUGCAAAGGCAUGACAUCCGCACAUUUACCCAAAGUUUUGAUGUUCUUCAAAACACUUAGUGCAAUCAUGAAGGAGUCUUACACAUUUAGGAUUAAAACUGUGCACAUUGUUCAUCCCAUGCCCAUGAUAGAAAUAGUUCUAGCGUCUAUUAAACACUUGUUUCACAAAAAUAUUAAAGAAUGUAUUUUUGUACAUAAAGAACCAUCCACAUUGCACUCGCAUAUAGAUCUAGAUCUUCUCCCAUCGACCUAUGGAGGUACAAUGGAAGACUUGAACAUUUUGUGUGACAAAUUUAGAGACAUUUUGAUCGAAAACAAAACAGAAUUUGCCAAAGAAGAACACAUAAAAUACAAUGGAGGAGUUUUACCGAAACACAAGCAAAAAAGUUUCACUCCUGAACUAAUUGAAGGAAGCUUCAGAAAGUUGGAAAUUGACUAAUAAAUUAGGUUAACUCUUGUUAUAAUAUAGUAAAGGCUUCUUAUACUACACCACGUGCAAAAUCGAUCCACACAAAUUUUCGAUGAAUUUCAAUCGCAAAUAACUUUUUUAUUUGAUGUCGGAUUUAAACGAAUAUUAAAUAAUAUUGUAGAUAAAUUAAUGGACAAUCGCUCACAUUUUAAAAAAAUACUAAAAAUUGACGUACGUUUAUAAUAUACAGGUUUAAACAAAAAGAUGUUUUUUACCAUAAGUUUAAGACACUCUGUAGAGUGGCAAAACCGUAUAUUGUUCUAAAUUAAGUUUUAAUUAUCAAGUCACAUCUAUUCUUAACAGUUUUGUUUUUGGUUCACCUCGAUAUAUUUAUUUUUGUGGAAAAUAUAGAU